CCUGGUGCUUGAAAAUAUUAGAAAUUUCCAACUUGUAUUUGCAGAUUAGACGUAUGGUUCUGAUUCUAGAAGAGAAAAAUAAUCGAUAUUUCUUGGGGAGGGGAACUGAACUGAGUAGGCCAAAAUUUUUCGAGAAUAUCGAUAGUGAGUGGUGAUGAUUUGUGAAGAGAGCAUCCGUUACCAGUUGUUAUAGGAACUCCUUAUGGAAUAGAAGCUAACAGUUCAGGAAAUUCCGGCAGGACACACCGGUCCUUGAGAAGCCACUGUUUAUAUCGAUUAUCUGAACCCAUUACAAGUCAUCCUCACCACGAAAAAUCUCCGCAGUUUGAAGUGUAAAACGGGGAUCAUACGUCACCGAAUCAAUAAUAGUUAUGCGGUGGUGGACGUGGCUGUGGCUUCUAUUUCAACCUCCAGAUUAUGGCAUACGAAUCUCACCAGGUUUUGGUAGAAGUCCACAGGAUUGGGGAUUAGAAGAGACUAGAAGUGGUGCUUCGAUGUUUUGGUGGUUGUACUUUGUCCAUCCACCAGGGGGACCACCGAGUUACGAUGUUGUCUCACGACCAUUGGUAGUGUGGCUGGACGGAGGUCCUGGUGAUGGUGGCAGUGGUAGUGGAAAUUUUCUUCAAAUCGGCCCUCUACACCUUAAUGGAACGAUUCGCGAAACAUCGUGGGUCAACGACUUCAACGUUCUGUACAUUGAUGCUCCAGCUGGUUCAGGUUUCAGUCGUAUCUCACCAAACGGCCAGAGCCCCACCGGGAAAAAUGAAGCUUUGGAUGUUCGCGAUUGCUUGUUGGGUUUUCUGAACACACACAAAGAAUUCAGGGAGGUUCCAAUGUACAUAUUUGGUCAUUCCUACGGUGGUAAAUUGGCUGUUAAAGUUGCAGAGCUUGCGAUUAGCAGUUCUGGAUUGCCUUGGAGUAACUUAAAGGGUGUGGGGUUGAGCAGCCCUUACAUAUCACCGGCGGAUACCUCUUGGACACUAAGAACAUUUUAUAACGAAAGGGGAUAUCUGAACGCCACCCAGAACGUUGCUAUUGAUAAGAUAUAUAAAUUAAUGAGACAAAAUCUAGCAAACCAGAAGUGGACUGAGGCUUUUAACGGAAUGGCGGAGCUCUUGGGUAUGGUAUCAAAGCAUCCGGAGUGCCGUGAUUUGGAAACAGUUUACGAAAGUGUAGAACGUAAAUUCAAAGAUUUUUACGACUCUGACCAAAUCAACGAUUUCAUGAAUACCAAAGUGAAACCGGCGAUAGGUGUACCCAGGACUUAUGGUGUCCAAACCAUGGAAGUGUAUAAUGCUACACUUCCUGAAUUCAUGAAGCCUAUGAUCUCUUCUGUCCGGAAUAUAUUGAAGAACAGUGACCUGAAGAUGAUUAUUUUGAGUGGUGGAAGAGACGGAUUAAUCCCCGCUAGUUCAACCGCGACGUGGGUGGAUAAAGUCUUUGAGAAUGAAGAUGGAUGGAUGGAUGAUGGAUGGGUUUAUACCCAGAGAGCAGCACUGGUGGUGGACAAUGUAAUCGAAGCAUAUGGAAGACGUUACAAGGAUUUCACUCUCUAUUUCUUUCCAGACGCAGGGCAUUUGGUGACACGUGAUAGUGGAAAAGCUGUUCGAGUCCUAUUGAACAUAUUUACGGAUACGCAAGCAAUAAAUUACAAGACCCACAAUUAAACUACAAAUAAAUUUCAUCGAGCGUUUUAUGUUUUAAAUGGAGGGAAUAACACAUCAUGAAAUAUUACCGGUUCAAACUAGUAAUCACAUGUGAUGUGGGAACAUUCAGAUUCAGAGUCGAUUGGAUUUUAAUGGUCGUAAAUGUUGUGAUCGAUAAGAACAUGAAUGCGAAAAACAAUUGCCCUUGUAGACAGAAAAAAGAUUACUAAUUUGGCAAUCAUACAGAUGAUGUAACGUAAAUCACAUGACAAUUAGUGGCGACAUUACUUUAUUGCGAAAGUCAAACAAUCUCUUGAGUUUAAUAGAAAAACAAAUGGUCAGGCAGAUCACUUAUCAUAUACAUUAAUUUUUAGAAAUUUUGGAAACAGACGUACAGAACGAAUGAAUAAUGAAACUUUUGUGAAACGGUAGAAUAAUUUUUAUUUAAAUUGCUGUUCGUGUGCGAUAACAUCAAAAUAUCAUAUUUAUGGUCAUUAGAUUGAGAUUGAGAACACAAUACCCAGAAAUGUUAACAAUGUUGCAUAGUUAGUAGGAGCGUUAAAUAAACUGUCUCCGAACUGUCCAGUUUUUAUCAACUACAUGUUAUAUUAUUAUUACACUUAUUAGUGGUAUUCACUCACACAUGAUUUGAGAGGGUGAAACUGCUCUGUGAGGGUGACCACCUCUUGGAGUAUUUUUUCAAUUAUGGAUUUAACGAGAAUUUUUAGGAAAAUGUUUUUAAAUGUAUCAAGAAUAAUAGAGAAUAAUAAAACGAGAAUUUUAUGAUGA